GCGCCCCCUCCCCUCCCCCGCACCAGCCCUUUGUUUCCCCGCGGAGUAGUUCCUGGGUUGCUGAGCGUCUCUGUCUCCGCAUCUCUCCUCGCCCCGCCUCCUCCUGCCCGGAUCCGCCCCGCCCGCAGCCUCUCCUGCCUCCCUCCCCGCAGCCCCUGCCCCAGAGGUGCUGGGGGACCCACCUUCCCCCGCUCGCGCCCGCCGCCUCCCCGGCCCAGUCCCCUGCUCCCCGGCCGCGGCGCCCCCGCCGCCCCCGCCGCCCCCGCCUUCCCGGGAGGGGGUCAGGUGGGCGGGCACUAUUGUUGUAGGAGCCGGCGCCAGAUUCCUCAGCGGCGCUCGGGGUGGGACCGGCUGGGUUUGGGGGGUGGGGAGGGGGGAGCGGUGAUUUGAGCUCGGAGCAGCUGGUCUUCGCGGCUCGUUCCCUCCUUCGCGCUCUCUCGCUCUCCGCCGCCGCCCGCAGGGCUGCGGGGCUCGGUGGCAUCUCGGGCGCGGCCCGCUGUCCUCGCCCCUGCCUCCGGGCCGCUCCCGCCCCCGGCGCCGCUCGCUUCCCCCACCCGGACUCCCCCAUGUAUGACGACUCCUACGUGCCCGGGUUUGAGGACUCGGAGGCGGGUUCAGCCGACUCCUAUACCAGCCGCCCAUCUCUGGACUCAGACGUCUCCCUGGAAGAGGGGGAGAGUGCCCGGCGUGAAGUGGAGAGCCAGGCUCAACAGCAGCUUGAGAGGGCCAAGCAUAAACCUGUGGCAUUUGCUGUGAGACCAAUGUCAGCUAUCUGUGGUGUACUGGACGAGGAGUGCCCAGUCCAGGGCUCUGGAUGUACUUUGAGGCCCAAAGAUUUUCUGCACAUUAAAGAGAAGUACAGCAAUGACUGGUGGAUCGGGCGGCUAGUGAAAGAGGGUGGGGACAUCGCCUUCAUCCCCAGCCCCCAGCGCCUGGAGAGCAUCCGACUCAAACAGGAGCAGAAGGCCAGGAGAUCCGGGAACCCUUCUAGCCUGAGUGACAUUGGCAACCGACGUUCCCCUCCUCCGUCUCUAGCCAAGCAGAAGCAAAAGCAGGCAGAACAUAUUCCCCCAUAUGAUGUGGUGCCCUCCAUGCGGCCUGUGGUGCUGGUGGGACCCUCUCUGAAAGGUUAUGAGGUCACAGACAUGAUGCAGAAGGCUCUCUUCGACUUCCUCAAACAUAGGUUUGAUGGCAGGAUCUCCAUUACACGAGUUACAGCAGACCUCUCACUAGCAAAGAGAUCUGUGCUUAACAAUCCUGGCAAGAGGACCAUCAUUGAGCGCUCCUCCGCCCGUUCCAGCAUUGCUGAAGUACAGAGUGAGAUCGAGCGUAUAUUUGAGCUGGCCAAAUCCCUGCAGCUAGUAGUGUUGGAUGCUGACACCAUCAAUCACCCAGCACAGCUGGCCAAGACCUCCCUGGCUCCCAUCAUCGUCUUUGUUAAAGUAUCCUCACCUAAGGUACUCCAGCGGCUCAUUCGCUCCCGUGGGAAAUCACAGAUGAAGCAUCUGACAGUACAGAUGAUGGCAUAUGAUAAACUGGUUCAGUGCCCACCAGAAUCAUUUGAUGUGAUUCUGGAUGAGAACCAGCUGGAGGAUGCCUGUGAGCACCUGGCUGAAUACCUAGAGGUUUACUGGCGGGCCACCCACCACCCAGCCCCUGGCACUGGACUUCUGGGCCCUCCCAGUGCCAUCCCCGGACUUCAGAACCAGCAGCUGCUGGGGGAGAGAGGUGAGGAGCACUCGCCCCUGGAGCGGGACAGCUUGAUGCCCUCAGACGAGGCCAGCGAGAGCUCCCGCCAGGCUUGGACAGGAUCUUCACAACGCAGCUCCCGCCACCUGGAGGAGGACUAUGCAGAUGCCUACCAGGACCUGUAUCAGCCUCAUCGCCAACACACCUCGGGGCUGCCCAGUGCUAAUGGGCAUGACCCCCAAGACCGGCUCCUAGCACAGGACUCGGAGCACAACCACAAUGACCGGAACUGGCAGCGCAACAGGCCUUGGCCCAAGGAUAGUUACUGAUGGCCUCCUGCUGCCCUACCCUGGCAGGCAUAGGCACAGCUGGCUGGGAUGCCCACUCCAGGCAGGUUGGAGUUAGACUGGCAUUAGGCUGCCACUAAGCUCAGCUCCCACAACCCCCUGCCCAGCCCCAGGGCUGCCUGUGGUCCCAAGGUUCUGGUAGAAGCAGGGGAACCCCUCACCUGGGCACAGUGACCCCUAGGCUCCCAUUCCAGGUACUAGCUGUGUUCUGCACCCCUGGCACCUUCCUUGCCUCCUGUACAAGAAGCUGCCCCACUGGGCAGUGCCCUCAGGCCAGGAUCCCCUUAGCAGGGACCUUCCCAUCAGACUCAGGGAAGGGAUGCCCCCUCAUAGUGACAAGAGGGUGGGGCUGUGGGCAAACAUGGCACAAGGAAGAAACAAGAUUCCCAAGCAGACAAGUCUUAACAGUCAAGGGAUUGAGGAGUUGUGCUUUGGUCCAAGGGUCUCCAUUCACCUCACUGCCACGCAUCAGAAACCAGACAAUCAAAGCCCAAUAGGGUGGCACUUCCACCCAUCAGCUGGAGUGGGGCAUCCACAUCCAAGACUAGAGCAGCAGGCAGGUGAGGCUGGGCCAGAGAAAGCCCUCCCAGCUGAGGCUCUUCGAGGAAAGGGCCCUCCUCACACCUCCAGGAAGCUUAGCAUCUGACAGGACCAGGGAUGUUGAAGCAUGGUCAAACCAAAGGCAGCAGAAGCCAAACCUGGAUUAGAAGUCUGGGGAGGGAGGAACAGCUUGGGGGCCUCCUCGCAUUCUCAUCCUGCCUUGCAUCCUGUCAUUUCUAUUCUCACCUCCUGGAAGGUGGGGGCUCCAGACUAUUCCCUGACUCAUAGCUGCUGCUUGUUAGGUUAGGGUUAGAUGGGGAGACAUAGGACACAGUGGACAGCCCCCAGAGGCCCUGGCUACCCUUGCCUUAUGGCUCUAGUGUGUGAUCUACAGAGCAUGCUCACAAGACCCGGGCCCAUUUCACUGUCAUCAAUAAAACAACCAUA